CUCGGCCGCGCGCGGACGCCGCUGCUUCUCAGCGCCAGCCUAGCGGGCGGACGCGCGCGCCGUCGCCGAGCAUGCUCUCUUUUAUCUCUAUUUAACAACUUUUUUAAAAUAUUAUUUUUAUGUUCGGCAUUUUCCGGAAUUUCCAAGCAUAGACUCGCGCGCGUGCCGUCCGCCGGACGAGCGGGAUCUCCGGGCCCUGACGAACCGCCGCGCCGCGGCACCCCCGGGGUACUCAGUCAGUCCGGCCGCCCCCCCUCCAUGUGUGUCGGCUUUGUGCUUUUUUUCCCUUUUCUUUUUUUGAAUGGAGCCGGGCGCGUACCUUUUUUUUUGGCACAUCGCUUUAACCCCGGCGUUACGGGACGGGCGCUUUCAGAAACGUGCAUUUACAUUAAUAUUUAUAUACGUUUCAGGCGGACCAGAGCGCGACUUCCAAGCCGGCGAUAAUAUCCCUGCCUGUCAGUGGAAGGAGCUCCAGAAAUAAACGUUGCUGUCAUUUAUAUUUUAUUUUAUUUUUUUCUUUUCCGAGCGGGGGGUGGAUAGGAGGGAGCCGAGUCGCCUUCAUUUGGACGCCAUCCUCCUGGCGCAAGAAAAAGGCGCACUUCUUUUCACUGAACAUUACAGCUGGGGGAGACACAUUUCCAGGCUGUUAUGUACAAUUAAGGCUUUACAUACGUAUUCUGUCUUGUUUACGCUCCCAAACCUUGAUGCCCCUGGUGCAGAGAGCGGUGGACCCCGUUUGGACAGUUUGCUCAGUAUUAUUGGAGCAUGGGGAAGCCAGGGCCUCAGAAAGUGCUUGAGUGGAAGGAUGGACGACGGAUCAAACAUGCCCGCAGCGGCCGGCCGUCACGGAUCCCCACCCAGUACCAGGGACAAUUCAGCUGGGAGAAGUACCUGAAGGAGACAGGUGCCACAGCGGCCCCCGCCUACUGUUUCCGACAGAGUGCAACGCCUCCGGUGAAUGAGUUCAAGGCGGGAAUGAAGCUGGAGGCCCAGGAUCCACGCAACACCACGUCCACGUGCAUCGCCACAGUGGUGGGCCUGACCGGCUCGCGGCUGCGCCUACGUCUCGAUGGCAGCGACAACAAGAAUGACUUCUGGCGCCUGGUGGACUCCUCCGAGAUCCAGCCCAUCGGCAACUGUGAGAAGAAUGGGGGCAUGCUGCAGCCACCGCUGGGCUUCCGGCUGAACGCUUCCUCUUGGCCCAUGUUCCUGCUCAAGACCCUCAACGGGGCGGAAAUGGCGCCGGCCCGCAUCUUCCACAAGCAGGAGCCCCCUGCACCGGAGAAGAACUUCUUCCAGGUGGGGAUGAAGCUGGAGGCCGUAGACCGCAAGAACCCACAUUUUAUCUGCCCGGCUACUGUGGGGGCGCUGCGCGGGUCCGAAGUGCUGGUUACCUUCGACGGCUGGCGUGGUGCCUUCGAUUACUACUGCCGCUAUGAUUCGCGGGACAUCUUUCCCGUGGGCUGGUGUGCCCUCACCGGAGACAACCUGCAGCCACCUGGAACCAAAGCUGUGCUGCCGAAGAGCUUGGGCCCGCCACCGGAGGGCAGUGUGGAGGGCUCCGCCGUGCACCCCUUGCCGGGCAAGCCCCCUGGGCAGAGCCGCCGCAAGCCGGGGCGCCGGAAAGGCAAGCUGGCCGGAGCCUGGGGCGCCAAGGGGGCUGACGGCAAGGGACUGGAGCCCGUCAAGAUCCCCAAGAAGAGAGGCCCAAAGCCUGGCAGCAAGCUGGGAUGGGCAAAGCGGACAGCCUGGCUGGAGGGGCAGAUUUCAGGGCCUGGCCGUCCCCUUUCCCGGCCCAGGGGCCGACUCCCAGCCAGCUGGACACAGAGGGCAGCCCUUCAGGCCGCCCAGGGGGAGCCCCUCAAGAUCCCCAAGAAGAGGGGCCCCAAACCGGGCAGCAAGAGGAAGCCCCGCGUGGUGUCCAAUCCCAUCCCCACAUCCCCCACCAGCAGCACCCCAGAGCCUGACACUAGCAGUGUGCCCUUGGACAAUGCCACCAUCCCUAGCGCCGCCCUUCAGGCACCCACAGUGUGUGUGUACCUGAACAAGUACGGCAAGACGGGGCCCCACCUGGACCCGUGGCGUGUACAGAACCUGCCGGACCACUUUGGGCCGGGGCGGGCCUCCUCGGUGCUGCAGCAGUGUGUGCAGGCCUGCAUCGACUGUGCCCACAACCAGACCUCCGUCUUUGCCUGCCUGAAGCCAGGCCACGGCGGGGAGGUCAUAUCAGCCUACUUUGAGCAGCAGCACCACACGCUCACCCUGCCGGCCGUGAACAGCGUCACCUACGUGCUGCGUUUCCUCGAGAAGCUCUGCCACAACCUGCACAGCGACAACCUCUUCGGCAGCCAGCCCGUGUCCCUGGGGGGCCCCCACUAUCCCUACAGCGACAGGAAGAGCUUUGCUGAGGGCCGGAGUACCAAGCGAUUCCUGCACGACUCCUUCAGUAGCCAGGCCACCCACAAGCUGGCAAAAAGUCUCCGUCACUCUUCUGAAGCCGAGCCCUUAGUCCUGGAGAACGGAGUUGGGGGUGGGCCAGAGCACCUGGAGCCCUCGCCACUUACGACCGGCAUGCCAGGCCGCCCCCUGGCCCUGCGCUCGCUCUCCCAGCAGGGCAGCCCCCCCAGCAAGCUUCUUCGCCUGAGCUCCGCAGGUUCGGACCGCUUCCUGGGCACCCGAGAGAGCCCCUGGCCCAGUGGGCAGGACCCCAGCCUGUGGACAGUGGAGGACGUGAUGCAAUUCAUCCGGGAUGUCGACCCCCAGCUUGGCCCGCACGCCGACCUCUUCCGGAAACACGAGAUUGAUGGGAAAGCCCUCCUACUGCUGCGCAGCGACAUGAUGAUGAAGUACAUGGGGCUGAAGCUUGGCCCCGCCCUCAAACUGACCUUCCACAUUGACAGACUCAAACAGGGGAAGCCCUGAGCGUCCAGGGAAGAUCCCCCCCCCCCCCAAACUGGAACCGGCUCCACACGGUAUAUGAUGCGCACAGAGAAGGCACUUGCUGACCAUCGUUGUAGCAAUCACAAACCAGCCUUUGGGGUCAAAAGUCAAGCUGCUGGCACUCACACGAAUCGGCCAUGGCCAGUCUUUAGGGCCCUGAAGUGUUACCUGUGAGCCUCUGCUGCCCUUUCUGGCCCCCCUCCCUCGAGGGACGUGAUGGUUCUUUGAAUGUUUUGGCACCAGCCGAGUAGAGAUUGGCGCACCUGUGUUUCGAACCCUUGGUUUUCUCUCAUGUAGCACGUACAGCCGGCCCCAAGGGCGUCACUGAAAACUACAAACUUACCCAUGGUCUUUGUGUCCUGGUACCAUACUGCUAGACCUCGGUUCUUAAUUUUGACCUCUUGGCCAAGCUCACUUUAUAAAGACUGUUUUGGCCUUUUUGGCCUGUGUUUUUAUGAAUUUUUAUCUUGUGUGUGUAUAUAUAUAAAUAUAUAUAUUACAAAUUCCCUUUAACUCUGGAAAAGAUGGCUCUUUUUUUUUAUAUAAAGGACUGUUAUCUCCCCACCCCAUGUAAAUUCCCAGAUAAACACUAGCUCUGACCCCAACCUUUUGGGAUUGAUUCUGUACUGACCUCUACUGAGGCGAUUUUAUUUUUUUUUUUCACAUCAUACUUUAUACAGCUUUGAGAUGUACUGGAAUAAAGAGUUACUGAAUGUGCUGUCAUGGAAAGGACAGUCUAUAUAUCCUCAUCGGUGUUAAAUGCGAUUGCUCUGUCUGUUUCCUGUCGUUUGUACUUUUUUAUUUUUUAUACUAUAUUAGAAGGUAUACGUUGAGAGCAUUCUUACUUAAUACGGUUCAAUAAAAUUAAUUUGAAGCUGAGUCUAUC